AGGUCUAAUUGUUUCAGAUCUACAACGAAACUUCGUGAUAUUAUUCCAACAACAAUCAGACAAAUCUCAUUUCUCAAUCCAUCGAUUCGUUGAGCAUAGUCUGCUUGGCAUUCUCUCUGUACUUUAUCGCCUACAGUAUAAAUUUGUUUUCGUUUUUCGAAAUUCGUGGCGGUUGAUUUGUGAAAAUUUGAGAAUUAUCGGUAUGAAAGAGAAGAAAUCGGUGAAAUUCGAUCUUCAACAACAACACGACCACCAUUAUCAGAACGGUCACUUGUCUCCGUUCAAGUUCACGAAAUUGCUCGAUCCAGAGGCUUCUUGGGAUAAGGACCAAUUGGGAGAUGUAUUGCAUUGGAUUCGACAAGUGGUGGCCCUUGUAUGUGGGAUGCUAUGGGGUGCCAUUCCUUUGGUUGGGGGCGUCUGGAUUGUCGUGUUUCUGAUGAUAUCCUCUGGGAUAGUAUAUGGCUAUUAUGCAAUGACACUAAAGAUCGACGAAGAAGAUUUUGGUGGUCAUGGCGCUCUACUUCAAGAAGGGCUUUUUGCUUCUAUUACGCUCUUUCUGCUUGCGUGGAUUGUAGUAUACAGCUUGAUGCACUUCUGAUUGACUAGCUUCUCGAUUUAGCUACCAUCUCCCUCCGAAUUUUGUUGAAUUAUCUAGCUCAGUUGUAUGAGGAUCGACUUUAGUCUGAGAUUUGAGGAAAUUUCAUAGUUUCCUUGAACAUUUUUUUUUUCCACAAUCAUAGAAAAUGAUUGUGCAACCACCUAAUUUUGUAGUUCAUGAACACACUAAGUUUUUAUUUAUGAUAAAUAGUUUUGAUGACAUUUAUUCGAUAA